UCGCGCACAAACCCAUCGUCUUCGAGUCGUCUUUCCCCUUCAUCACAUCUAGCUUAGUGUGCCACUCUUAGGAACGCUACGAUGGCCGUAGAGGACGCCAGUGCGGUAACGACCAAGCUUCUCACACUGCUUAACGUCUCCGCCACGAAAGUCGGGAAACGGAAACACCCAUUUGAGGAUAUUGUGGCGAAGCCGGGCGAAAGACUCAACAAACGGCGCGCAAUUUCGUUCUCAGAUGCCUCCGACACAUUGUCUACCAAGAAAAGCCCUGAACCGACUUCCGAGGAUGUAGCAGAUAAAGAGCGUGAGGCCGAGGAAGGGCCAGAGGAGGUCGAAGAGGACUCGCCAGACAAAGGGGAUGACCCGUACGAAACGCACUUUGGAGCGAAGUCCACACUCGCCACAGAAGCUGCCCGAAAUGCAGUAGAGCGGAAGUCAUGGGCGACACAUAGGGACAAGCAUGGCAGGCUCGGCUCUCCGUCAGAAAAUAACCGUAUAGCUGUGCUGGACAAGGUGAAGCAGCCGUUUUUGGAGCGACAGGGCAAGCUUCCUCGGGGUCGUCGAUUGCAGAAUGACUUGCUUUCCAUGUUGUCGACUCAGCGAGAUCUCUACAUUACUCGCGCCUCUCUGGACACACACCAAAGCAUGCGCGAGGCUACAACACUCCACGCCCUCAACCACAUAACAAAGAGCUCCGCACCUGAGGACGUUCAAGAUCAAGGCUUCACCCGACCGUCCGUGCUCAUCCUCCUUCCCUUCCGAUCGUUCGCACAGCGCUGGAUCAGUGCCCUCACCUCGCAUACACCCUCGCCGACCUACCAGGUGGAAAACCGCUCACGGUUCAAUACCGACUACGGCUUGCCGCAGGGCGUCACCGACAAGCUUGCGAACGCGGAGCCGGGGACUUAUCCCAGGGAUCAUGUGGAAAUGUUCAAGGGGAACAUCGACGAUGCGUUCCGGUUUGGAGUGAAGAUGACGCGGAAGAGCGUGAAGCUGUUUGCGGAUUUCUAUGGGUGCGACUUGAUUGUUGCGAGUCCUCUUGGUCUGAGGAUGUCGAUAGAGAAGGAAAAGAAUGCUGAUUUCUUGUCCUCGAUCGAGAUGGUCAUCGUGGAUCAGUUGGAUGCACUGACCAUGCAGAACUGGGACCAUGUUCAGUUCGUCUUCUCUCGGCUGAACCAAAUGCCAAAAGAGUCGCAUGAUAUUGACUUCUCCCGCAUCAAGCCUUGGUACCUCGAUGGACACGCUGCAUACUUCCGCCAGUCCAUCCUGUUGACUGCGUACGAGACCCCCGAGACGCGCGCCCUUUUCAACGGUUCUCUGAAAAAUGUCGCAGGCAAGGUCCGAACAGAGAGGAGAUGGCCUCCUAUCGAGGUGCCCGAAGGUAUUGAUCAAAAUUUCGUGCAGUUUGACUGUACCAACCCCAAAGACGAGGUCGAGAAGCGCUUUCAACACUUUACGACUCAAUUACUGCCAUCGGUUCUCAAGUCGGCUGUCCAGAGCGCUAACACCGUCAUCUUCGUCCCGUCCUCGUUCGACUUCAUCCGGGUACAGAACCACUUCCGGAAGAACUUGAGCGUCACAUUCACAGUCCUUUCUGAGUACUCGACAAACCAAGACAUAUCCCGCGCCCGCCAGGCCUUCUUCGGCGGCAAGAAGGCAUUCCUCCUUGUCAGCGAGCGCUUCCACUUCUUCCGGCGAUACAAAAUCAGGGGCAUCCGCAACCUCGUCUUCUACGGCCCUCCCGACCACCCACAGUUCUACACCGAGUUCCUGAGCUACCCGUUCUUGGACGACGGCAUUGAGGCGGCAGACGUGACGUGCCGAGUGUUGUACUCGAAGUAUGACUGGCUGAGGUUGGAGAGGAUCGCGGGGACUGAGGGGGCUGCGCGGUUGAUCAAGCGAGGAGAGAGUUGAGGGUGUUUGAUACGUGUCGCACGUCUGUCGCUGUCCCUGCUUAGUGUAAUAACGUUAUUAAUUCAAGAGCGGGUCAAACGGCUUCCACGAUCAUGUCAAUAAGAUACUUCCUGAGCAGCGGAAUAC